AUGUUGGACGGCCUCACCUGCCCGGACAGUGAUGACGAGAGACCUUACGAGAAUGACAACUUAUCAAAUAACAUAGAUGAAGUAGACUAUCCUCCUAACAACUAUGAAUAUCGACGGAGAGAUAUAGUAGUUGUAGUGGUUGGAAUAGUCACAUACUUCCUGGACUGGGGCUUUGACAUCCUGACUGCACACACCCACUGGAGGAACAAAGACGUCAUCUGGUUUACACUUACUGUGCUUUUUCUAAGUGUUCCAUCAUUAGUUGUAACUUUUGUGUCACUCAGCUGGUAUAUUAAAGAUAUUGCCAACGAAAACACACCAAAGGCUUCAGUGAAUCGCUGGGUUGUGCGCAGUGUUAUGUUAAUCUUUCAACUUGGACCUCUUCUUAGGUAUGUGGAUUCACUUAUGUAUGGAGUAGUCAGCCGGAGUAUUGGGAGAAGGGGCAACAGGGAGAUGCAGAAGGAAUACUACAGCAAGAUGUUGUACGAGGAGGGAGAUGCUGUUUUACUCCGCCUCUUUGAGUGCUUUAUGGAGGCGGCGCCGCAGUUGGUGCUCCAGCUAUAUAUCCUGACACAACAGCCAGAUUCUGAGAAAUAUGGUAGAACCUGGGAGAUUUUAUUGUCCCUGGGGUGUGUUACAUCACUGUUGAGCUUGGCCUGGGGUGUGACAGCGCAUGCACGAUCAAUUCGCUUUACCGACCAUCAAAAAAACAACAUUUCUUGUCUUGGAACUGUUGUUCUUUUUCUGUGGCACAUCUUCAGCUUAGGUGCUCGGGUCUCUGCUAUGGUUCUCUUCGCCUCUCGGUUUCGAUUGUAUCUGCUGGCAGUGUGUGCAGCUCACUGGUUCCUGAUGGUCAUCUGGUUUAUGGCUCGCAGGUCAUUCAGUGAUACCUGCCCACGGUUAUUAGGAGAAUGGCUUCUCAGUUUCCUGUUCGCUGCUGUGCACAUUUUCACCUUCAUCAACGACAAAGAUGAACCCACGUUAAAAAAGUACAUUGCCUUCUACACGAUCUGCGGCAUUGAGAACAUUGCCAUGGUGGUCUUGUGGCUCAUAUAUGCUAACCCUUCUAUAUGGUACUACAUUCCAGGUGUUGUGUUCCACUUCUUCUCAUUUUUUCUGGGUAUCACAUGCAUGGUCGCGUACUACAAGUUCCUACAUCCUACAGUGCUCCCUACACAUAUAGUGAGAGAUGAAGGAAUGCUAAGACAGCAAGUGGAUUCGCCUGCGGCAGUUUAGGAGGUUCCAAACAUUGAUAAUAAUUAACUGUUGUAUAUCCAGGUUAACCUAAGAAGUGCCUUAAAGUCAUUACUGGGGCUUUUUGAUAACUAUGAGGUUUCAUUGUUUAUUAGUUAUUCUUUGUUAUCUCCUGCUACUCACACAGAGGGAGAUGUAGAAAUGAUGGAAGUCGGUCUGUGUUUAUCCUACAUUGUGGAUGUGUCGUGUAACUUGAACAAAUAGCGACGGAUCUUGACCAAAGUCAGUGUGUGGGUGUACGGGUGUAUUGAUCAGUAUUUUUCAGAGCUAUGGCCCCUUUUGACUUUGUUCUAGGACGGCAGGGGACUGAGUCAACCUUAGUGGAAUAAUUGUUAUAUUUGAGACUUGGGGGAAGUGACUGUUGUUUCCCUUUUAUAUUUUUGUAUAUUUAAGAUGAAUGUCAGCCAGUGAGUGUUUCUUAUACAUGUGUAGUGAGGUGUUUGGUGUAUGAAUGGUUCUAAAGUGUGGUUGUGCUGAUUUAAAUAGUUUUGUACGGUAAAUUAGUUUCACAAUUUUAUUAGAUCUCUUUCCAUGAUAUUAUUUCUCAGCAUUUGUAUGUAUGUUUAUAUGUACGUAUGUAUAUACGUAUGUUGUGAUAAAUAUAUUAGUUAAGUUAGUAGAUUCCCCUUUAGUUUCAGUUGUUUACACAGUGCGUUAGUUAAGGUUUGUUUAGAAAGGCACCGCUCCCUGUAGUCUUGUAACGAGAACAAAAUAAUCCCUGCCUGGAAAACAAAUACUUGCUCUGUAUUGAACUCUGGGAUUACAGUACGAUUGAUGUUUCACGUAAGCCGAAGCUGAAAAUUUAAUUGAAUUAUCCCCGGCUAAUAAUUUAACAUCGACUUUACUCGGUAGUGUGGUAAAGCCCGUAGACUCCACCUUGAUAAUUACAGUAUAAUUUUUGAUGGUUGUGAUUGGGCUGUAGACGUAUAUUUAUGUAUUUAGAUUUUCCAAGUAUUACGAUGAUUAGAUAACCCGUACAAGAGGAAUAUAGUCGUGUGUAUAUAGUGGGUAAGGUAACAAAUGCAACGCAAGAAAAAGAUGGAUUAACAUGAAGUGAGAAUUACCACACGUUGAAUCCCCAUUGGCCAAAAGGUUCAUUGUAGACUGGAUUGUAAGAUUAAUUACGUAAAAAUAAUAAUCCAAAAUAUUAUCACCUAUUAACUUAUUUAUUUUUUGGAAUAUUAUACAACCUAAUUUACAUUGUGAUAAAUGUACAGUACUGCGUUAUACUUAAUUUUGAUCCAGUUGUUUGGAGACCACAUUGUAAGUUAAAUUCUUUUGUGUUGCAUCUGUUAUUUUUACCCCUGUAUUGGUAUUUGUGUAUGACGUGAGAUAAAUAACGGUAAAUGUCGUAUUAUUUUGAAAAUCUACGUAUACAUCUAUGGUCCAACUUCUUUGUUUUGGGUAAUGAAGUCUGAUAUGUUGAUUGUAUGUGAAUAACAAAGUAAAUGUUUAAAUUGAUAAAUACUUGUGUUUUUAAGCUUUGUGGCUCACUCAUUAGUACUCCAAUCUCCUUAUUUAUGAGACUGUGGUGUGAGCUGAGUGCCCUGGGCAAAGUUAACUGGUCUCUUCUGGGAUUUGACUCAACAAAUUGUGGGAACUGCUUUAAGUGCAUUAAUUAUUGUAUUAGUAUUGUAUAAUUUACAAUGUCUUUGUACUUUACUCCAAAUAUUACUAAAUAAGGUGUUAUGUUGGUGUGUGUGUGUGUAGAACAAAGACUAGGCUGGAAACACAAAACAGUGAUGAUCUAUUAACUGUCUAUAAAAGAAACCUUGAUUAAAGGACAUUAAAUGGUGAUAUUAUGUUAUUUGCUCAUAAACUGGACUUUGAACAUCCAAUUUACAUACAGACAUCCAGGGUGAGAUACUUAGAUUUUGUAUGUUAUUCUGGGUAAGGAUAUUAGUAGAGGUUAAACAAGAGGUGUACCUUUUGUGAUUGAAUAUUAAUAGUAUAGUCUGUUUAAGCUGUGUAUGAAAAGUGGAAGCACUAUAAACCAUAAAAAAAGUUCAUGCAUACCUUACACUAGGGAUUGUAAGGAUAGGAGAAACUAGAAGAUAAAACAACUAUAAAGAGAAUACAUUAGAUUAAGGAGAACCAGAAUUGUUCCAAACAGUCUGGAACAAGGAGAGAGAAGUGGGAAGGGUUGGCACAUUCUGAUGCCCAUCAAAUAAGAAGACUCCUGUCAGUGGCUGUAAUAACCUUUCCAAGACAAGUUUAGUAUUUACCCUGUUUGACAGUAUACCGUUACCCUAAGGUACAUUUCUGAAGUCUUCGAUGACAACAAGAGUUCUUCCACAUUGUUCAGGUGUCAUUCUUGCCAACAGCACACAAGGACCACAUACUGUAUUACCCCACCCUUGGGGGGAGGUGCUUUUAUAAUUUAACACUAGUUUACACCACCCAUUAUUGUGAUUAAACUAUGUAAUUACAGUACUAUUGUGGAUUUAAUUAUGGUGCUUGGGAGAAUUUAAAAUGAGACUAUGUAGUAUAAAUAUUUUAAAAUCUGUUUUUGUUAUUCUGCAACAUGUUUGAAAACCAGUGCAUUAAAUGUAGGAAUACAAACAUGAACAGUUGGUACUCAUAGAGGUGUGAGAAUGCUGUUCAAUACUUUUGUAUUAUACUAAUACUGUACUGUAUAUGAAAGCUUAACUGCAUACAAAUGUAAUUUCUGGUUGUAAAAUACAGCCACACACCCACUACUGUAUUGUAUUGGCUCAAAAAAGAUAUGGUGCUCAGAACAAUAAAUUUGAUUUUGUUUUCUUUCAUAUUAUCAUUUAAUAACAUUACAGGGUUGUCUUAUUCGAUUUUUAUGCAUUGAUUAAACUUUUUUUUAUAAGACUACUCCACUGUAUUAUGUUAACACGGUAUGCGAGGUCUUCAUUAUAAUAAGGUACAGGAAUUACUAUAUGUUCCUGUAAUGUUAUUGGUAAUAGGUAAGAAAUCAACAGACCAAUAUACAGUACUGAGAGAAAUUAUUGCCAAUACUCAUGUUGGUUUUUUAGUAAUACUAUUUUACAUUUGCAGUUUGUGAAAAAAAAAAUCAUAGGAUUGGCUACGGUAAUUUGAUAGAUAAAAGGAUAUAGUAGCCUUUGUGUACUCACGCUCCAAAAAGUAUCUUUACAAUUUUAUGUUAGACAAUAUGACACAGCGGAAGAUGGAUAAUCACAUUCCUACCGAGACCACUGGAGUCACUUUGUUCAUUUUGAAAUUCAUCCGAUGAGCACUUCCGUAAAGAUACUUUAUGAAGCGAGUGUUUACACCAGAAUCUAAUGAACUUAAUGCACAUUGGGCCACUUCUAGGUAUACCCUGUAUAUAUAUUUAUGUUUUGUAUGAGAAAUUCACAGGAUUUUUGUAUUGUAAACUGUGAUUCUCAAGGAUAAUGAUCUGUUAAUAUACUGUAUAAGACAACAUGUAGGUGAUAUUGGCUAUACUGUACUGUCAUUUUUUAAAGAUUUUCUGAGAUAUAGUUAAAGUGAUUGAAGAACUGUGAAGAGUUGGCAAACCAUUGCAGUGAAACCAUCUAACGGACUGUGUGGGAAAGGACAAUCCAUUAUAUCAAGGUCUGUUAUACGUGACACCUCCAUCUAAUGGGCUACUGUGGAAGAAGGCAGUCCAUUACAUCGAGGCUUCACUGUGGUAUCAUUGCUAUUAAAAUGAUCAAAAAUAAGAUAGAUUUGUUUCAUUAAUAUAAUAAAGUUGUUGGUGAAUUAAGCAAAGGUCCAAAAUACUUCUUCACAAAUUUAAUCAUUUUGUUAAUGGAUUUAUGAAAUGUGUUAUACAGUAAUAUCCAUACGGUUUUAUUAGUGUAUUACUCAAACAAUAUAAUAUUCACAAAUUCUUAUUAGUGCAUUGAUCAAAGAGGUUAUAAUGUUCACAAUUUUAAUCACGUCUUUUAUCAGAUUGAUCAAAGGAGCAAGAGAAACUUUUAUCACAAACUUAUUUAAUACAGCUCCUAUAUGUGUUUUGUCAUGGGAGUUUCAGGGGUUAAAAUAAGAGUGUAUGUUAGUUGAUAAUUACAUAGAUGCAAUUUUCCAAUGAUGUGUGUUUAAAAAAAAUUGGAAUUGAUGAAUGAAAAUACGUGUGAGUCGAAUGUGAAGAAUAAGUUAAUUGUGUUUUUUUGUGUUUGUCUACAGAUGUAUAUAGUGAGUCUAAAUUAUAUAUAUUAUGCUAAUUAAAUUUCUUGAGUUACAGUAUUUACAAACAAGUGUUCACAAGUUCAUGUUCUCGAAUAAGAAAAUACUUUAACUUUUAACCUGAAUUUAUUAUUUUAUGAAGGGAUACAGAGAGACGUAGUGUAGGAUCACCUGAGUAGUUUUCACCCCAGCUUAUUUCACCUAAAGAUUAACGAUCCUAAUCUAUCUUGUUCUAUCUUAACUUAACCUAUCUUAUCCUCAUCCCCUCAUAUAGCAUAAGGGUGGCUAACCUUUAGGUGAAAUAAACUGGGAUGGAGACUCUUCAGGUGAACCAAUGUGUGUGUUUGAUUACAGUAUACAAUAUGCAGUCAGCUCAGGUAGGUACACACACUUCAAUAAGUAUCUUUACGAUAUUGUGCGAGACAAUAUAACACAACGGACGAGUGAUUUUGACAACCCUACCGAGACAACAGGAGUCGCAAUGUAAAGAUGCUUUUUUAGAGUGGUGACUACAGGCUGAAAGAUAUGUUAUACAGGGAAAUGUAAAACUAAAUUUGGUUAAUGGUAAAUCCUUUUGCUUCCACCCUCAAAAAUUUGGUUAUGAUUCUGCUUUGAAUACCUAAAGUAAUUGUUAUCGCCACUGGCUUCAGCUACACAGUGAUGGCAUUUGCUGCCUUCAGCACCUCCACUCAGCACUGAGUGCCUCUCAGUACCUCAACUAAUGUGUCGUCUACGAGUGUCACCUUACCCAAACAAACAUAAAUCUCACAGCCUACGACCACGUACGCCGCAACCUCCCUUGUAGAGGUGUUGUGACUCCUGGUGACCUGUGACCUCGCCAAUGUUUUGUAAACGUCACAGCCAUAGAACAAGCGUUUCAUUGUUAUGACCAUUGAUAGGGGCUCGGGACACCUCUGGCACACAGUAUCGUCCAACCCCAUUGAGUGUAGUGAACACACCAUCUCACAACCCUGUCCCUGAGUUUUGUGCCAAGACAAUUUACGCGGGUUUCAAUCAUUUCCUUCGACUUGCCCGUCACCUGACUGUCCUUAACUAAGGCGGUUACAGUGAUCUUUCAUUAAGUAGAAACUUGUCUUACCAGGCAGUGUACUACAAUACAGUAUAUGCAUUGUUUGUGCCCCAGGAAGUGUUUUUUUUAUAAUUUUGUAGUUAAAAGGUCAGUAUUCUUUUAACUCGCUUUUCACAAUACAGUGCACGGUGGUAGGAGUCAAGACCCACAAAUACUGUAUACAGCCUUUCUCUGUUUACUCCCACUCAUUCUUAGUUCUCUCUCACUUUAAGGGCCCAAGUACAGUACAGUAUCUGCCUGUCUUUUGCUUUACAUGCCUCCAAAAAAAAAAGUUAUUUGCUCUUUCUUAGAUGUCUCCCUUCUCCCCCUUUCUCUUCCCAUGUACCUUUCAUCCCAUUCUUCCAUUUCCUCGGUCUUACACCCUGCCUCCAUCCAUCUUUAAAUUGUGAAAAUAUUAAAGAUCACCAAAAUACUGGAUUUAGAGAAACUAAUACAGUACUGCAAACCUGUAUUUUCUAUUUACACAGUACUGUAUAUAUAGGAUAAAGGGUUAUUGUAUUUUGGUAUUUGUAUUUUACUAUUUGAUACAAAAUACUUAAUUAUCUUGAUUUAAAGUGAUUUAGAACAUAGUGUUAGUGCACCGUGACAAAGAGAAAAGUUUUAUCUUUCGUAAACUAUUAUUUUUAUGUACUCAUCAUUGUCAUUAUCAUCAAUAUCACCACCAUCAUUAUUGUCAUCAUCAUCAUCGCCACUCAUCAUAAUUUUUACAGCUAUUUUCCACGCCUGAUAUAUCAAAUACCUUUUAACUAUAACAAUACAAAUACUGACUAUUUACCUCACACAGUAAAAUAAAGACACACUACAAUAAAUAUCAAUAAUGAAACAAAAGAAAAUAAAACCCACGAGAUCAAUUCAUAUACGCUCAAAAUCUUUCACUGCCUAAUACAAGACCUUCUGUGACUCAGGUUUACUCAGUAGUCAGAAGGGUUUGCAUUUAGUCCUGUCUAAGAGCUCGAGAUAUCUUGUAAUGGGUCACUUAAUAAUAACAUCUGUAUCUCUUGUUAGUAUGUAUUAAGUCGCUAUUUUGGUGCAUUUAUGAAUUUGUGAUAGAUUAUGUAAACUGUUCACUUUAGAAACUUAUUAAUUUUAUGUAUCUAGCGAAUUUUCCACUUUUUUUCCUUAAUAAAAGACUGAGGCAUUCA